AUGUUUAACCCCACCCCUCUCUGGGUCUGGUUGUACGGCGAGAAGGAGAGUCGUAUGGAGGAUCUGCUCUGGGAUCUCGAAGAUGAGGAUUCAGGAGCACUUGAUUCAUACUACACUACAUAUCGCAUCAAGCUCCAUCAAAUGGACUUCGCCACUGGCGCAACCUCAUCCUCUAUGGUUCAAUACUACAAACCGGAUCGAAAGACCGACUUUCAGGUCAAAAACACCUCACUCGACCCCAAGAACCCAAAAGACGACAUGUACCUAUCCAUGCUGGAGAAGAAGAACAACCCAGAUUUCGACGGCCUAAAGCUUCAUCAACAACUACGAAAGUCCUUCUCAAAGUAUAUCACACACUCGCCCAACGGCCGCAGAGCAGGACCUGGCUGGCAGUUUAUCAAUCCCGAAGAAGGAGGCGAUCUAUACAACAGCAACGAUAAACAUGGCUUCAUCAUCGACCAAGGGGCCGCAAGUGUCAGUGCUAGCGCAUCCCAUCAAGUCGUCAUUAUGAACAGCGAAGACUGCUACAAAAUCAAUACCCCGUCCACAGGAGAGAUUAUUGUGCUCCUCCGAUGGAUGCUGGCCGCUGUCAAGCCCCAAAAAUCCAAAUCAUCAAUAAGUUCUCGCAAAUACGCAGAAAACUGCCUGUUUCAACAUGACAUCCCGACAAUGGUUAUCUCGUUCCUACCAGAUUCCAAAGUUCGCAUCUUAUACGGCUAUUUUGAUGGAGGUCGCCUCAGAAUUGCUCAUACCAAGGCAAUUGCAUUCGAUAACGACCACUACGAAGAAAAUAUGGAUACCCUUCUUCAAUGGACUUGGCCCAUCAUCUGCAAGGACACUUCCAAACCUCUUCCUAUGCAGACAAUCGAAGAGAGCGACGAAUCAGACGAGUCCGAUCAAUCUUGA